AUGACUGCCGCAGACUCGACCCAGGACAACAACUUGGCUGCCGUGCUCAAGCCGGGCGGCUCUUUCUACUACGAGAACCGGGAGCUCCCAGCGAUCAAUUCUGAUAGGGAUGUGAUUGUAAAAAUCAUUGCAACCGGGCUUUGUGGCUCCGACGUACAUUACUGGCAGCACGGACGCAUCGGCCGAUAUGUGGUAGAGAAGCCAAUCAUUCUGGGCCACGAGUCGACGGGGAUUGUGGUCGCUUGCGGCGACAGAGCCAACGGGAUUGCUGUUGGAGACCGUGUCGCCCUAGAGCCCGGAGUCGCCUGCAAUACAUGCGACCAAUGUCGAAAAGGUCGCUAUAAUCUCUGCAGAGACAUGCGCUUCGCAGCGACGCCGCCGAUCGACGGCACACUUUGCACAUACUACCGAGUACCGGCCGAAUGCUGUUUCAAACUGCCCGCCCACAUUUCACUGAGCCAGGGCGCUUUGGUUGAGCCUCUAAGUGUCGCCGUUCAUGCCUGCCGGCUUGCAGGCGAUUUGCAAACCAAAUCCGUCAUCGUCUUCGGGGCUGGGCCAGUUGGACUCCUCUGCUGUGCCGUCGCCCGUGCCUUCGGCGCAACUAAUGUCAUUGCUGUCGAUAUUGUUUCGAGUCGGCUUACGGUCGCUAGCAAAUACGGAGCCACGCAUACAUACCAAAUGAGUGACGCAUCGUCGGAAGAAAACGCCUCUGACCUUCUCAAGGCGGCGGGGCUCGAGGACGGCGCGGAUGUGAUCUUGGACGCCACGGGGGCGGAGCCCUGUAUGGUCUGUGGGUUGCACGCGGUCGCGCCGGGAGGAACCUUCAUUCAGGUGGGCUUGGGCCGGCCCAGCGUCACUGUUCCCAUUGGCCAGAUCUGUGAUAAAGAAGUGACCCUUAAGGGCAGCUUCCGCUACGGCCCUGGGGACUUCCAAACCGCAGUGGGACUGCUAGAGGCCAAACGUGUUAACGUUGACGGACUCGUAACACACAAUUACUCCUUCUCGCAGGUCGAGGAAGCAUUCCAGAACGUGGCAAACAGGGUCGGGAUAAAGAGCGUCAUAUAUGGACCGGAGGUAAAAGGGGAGACAGCUAACGCAGUUGUAGCAUAGAGCAUGGGGACGGCUGUGUUUCAUGUCGACCAUGAGGCUUUGGG